AUGACUAGCUACCGAAAAGUGUUUAGUUCCAUAUCAGUUUUACCCGUUGGUGAGAACUCCGCAGAUACUAUUAUAAAAAGCAUAAACGGCUCCUCGAGCGGACCCGAGCUUUCUGAAUCUCCCUCGGCAAAUGCCAAACUGAGGGCCAAUAGAAAAGAGGAAAAGUCGAUCCAAUCGUCUCUCCUCCUCCCAAGUGAACCACACCGAGAUGGCCAAAAGAAAGCAAAAGUCAGCAUCGUCUCUAGUGACAGUCAACCCAGAUCAAUGGUCAGCACCCCUUGGAAGGUAAAUAAUGCCGAAACUUCUUCCUGGAAGCCAAAAAUUCAAAAAGAGGGUAGGAAAAGAAGGGUUGUAGACAGCGACGACGAAAUUGAAAAGCAACAGCAAUUUGAUCCUAAUGAAGUACAAUGUAUGGGGACUCCAUCGCAAUCCGAGUUAGGUGCCACAAUUAUAGACGAGUUCAGUCUUGAUCCCAUCAUCACUUCGUCAUUGAUCGAAGGAGACAUGGAAAGUGUUCGCAGAAGCCAAUCUCCAAGAUGUUGGCCAGGAGAUUCAACAAAUCAAACCGAGGAGGACACUACACUUGUCGGCGGUAAUAGCUUGAAGUUAGCCAGUCAAAACCAAGUGGCAGGCACGCUCUCUUCAUUUCUCGAUAGAUUGCGGCAGAUGGAAGCAUUUAUCAUAAAGAGACAGCGUCACAUGCACCAAGAGCUGGAGACAAAUGAAGCGGCUAGAAAGCAACUUAUCGAUAUCAUCAGCCAAACAGAAAAAAUCUUGAGCAGCUUGAAUCCCUCUGAUAAUGCACGAAAUAAGGCGCAGCAGAAAAAUAGUCUGAAAUGCAUGCAUCUCGGACCCUGA